AUGAUGGCCUCCGCGACCCCCAUCGUCACGGCUUUGCCCCAGACUGCUCAGUCCGCCGUUUCCCCUACCGCACAAUUACCGGCGAACUCGCCGAUCAUGAGAAGCCCAAAAAGCCCACAUUCCAUGUCACCCUUGAGAGGUCCGAAGUUGACCUUAGUGGUGACAAACUCGCCUUUGAGCAGUGCCCCCAACUCGGCAAAAGUGGCAACCCCCAACAUCUCCGCCCUUCCUCUGUCUCCCGGAUCGCCUGGCAUUGUCACGGCAAUUCCAUUGUCUCCGGCUGUUGGAAAUCCCCGCACCCAGUUCCCGUUGACUCCCGCUCCCAACGGCCCGUUGACACCGGUACCCGCCCCCAAAGCCAAUGUUCACACGCUUACUCCCCAUCCCAAUGCGAUGCCGCUCACUCCUGCGACACCGGCUAGUGCGGCUACACCACUUACCCCGGCCUACCACCACCCGCUUACACCUGCCCCUGGCUCUGCCUAUCCUCUCAGCCCAGCCAUCGAGACGCCUAGCUCAACCAUUGUUGAGUAUGGAGAACAUCCAACUCUUCAGGGUACGGCAGCAGAGCGAGCAGACCACAUCUUCAAGCUAUGGACCGCCCGCAACAGCAAGCCAAAAGCGAGCCAGAACGACACCGCGGAAGCAGGAGAUGACCUAAUCAUCUCCCCCGUGACACCCAUCACACCGAAGCAGAAUGGAGGGCUUGCUCGCAAGCUAGGCAACAAGGGCAUCAACGACCGAGUCAGCAGAUUCCUGGCGUCUAUGAGCAGCACGAAUAACGGAGACCCAGACAAGGAGCUGGCCAUUGAGAACCGCAGUCUUCACCAGCAGCUUGCUUCUCUCCGGCGUGCCGAAGAGAAUCUCCUUGCGGAGAAUCAGACCAUCGCCAACCAGCUCACCGCAACCCAAAAGGAGUUCGCGCAGGCCAAGAAGGACCGGGCCUUGCUGGAGCGUGCUUGGGAAGAGAUGCUCAAGGAGAGAGAGGAAAAGUACGAAGCCAAGAAGAAGUUCUUUAAGCAAGAACAAUUCAUUGCCAUGCUUGAGCACAAGCUCACCGUCCACGAGGACAACCUUUCCGAGCAGGAUGGUACCAUUUCCCAGCUCGAGGCCAAGGUUGCCGAGCAAGAGAAGCAAAUCGCCGAGCGCGACGAGCGCAUCGCUGAGCUCGAGAAGGCCACCACCCCAAAGAAGUCCUUCAAGUCCCAACCCGAGCAAGGGCUUGUACUCUCCAACAGCGACAUCAGCACUUGGUUCUCCACCCGCACCGCCGUCUGGAACUCUUGGGUUGACGAAUUUACCCACCCAAAUGUCAACCGCAUCAUUGAGCUCCACCCCGUCCAACAAAAAGAGCUCUUCCGCUCCAUCCAGAAGUUCAUCCGCUUGACACAAGAGGGUCAACUGCCCCCCGAGCUCCUUGACUCCGCCAAAAACGACGGUGCCAAUGUCACUCGCCUCAUCCUCUACGCCAUGCUCGCCAACUUCAUCACCUCCGAAGCCCUGUUGCCUCCCUUCUGGGCUUUCAAUGCUCUGCAACGCAAUGAUCUUGCGGAAUUGACUUCCCCUACCCUCACCCGCCCCGGCAGCAUGUCUCCAGUCGGCUUCAGGAUGGACCUAGCCUCCUGGGAAUGCAUUCCCCCGCUGCCAGCAGCUUCGUACGUGCCUGCAGGUGCGGAGGUGUAUAAUCAGCAGCCGGCGACAGCGAGGUCAGUAGCCACGCUGAGCCCAAGACAGCCGCCGCCGCUCAUCACCUCUUUACAAUCCGCCGGGCUGGAGACGCCUGGUCUCUCAAUGGGUGCGCUCCCGGGUAAACUCCCAAGUGAAGGUGACUUGAAGAGCAUGUGUGGGUUCUUGUCUAAAGUCCAAACAACUCCGCUAGCAACCCCUGCCCUCCGCUCCCAAAUGAUCUCCAUCCUCGCCCAAGGCGGUCUGGUCCACGACCCCACCCACCCCUCCAUCCUUAAGAACGAAGACCGCCGUCUCCUCGCCGAAGCAAGGCGCGAGUAUGCCGUCAAGCUCGCCGAGCGCUUCCUUGGCGGUCCUGCGCGUUUCUUGCUGCAGGACCAGGUUGACGCCAAGGGUAUUGCCAAGCUUGAGCAGGUCUUGACCACGGAGAUGGAUCUGGCGCUGAGGUUUGGUGCGAGGCUGUGGAGCGUCGAGUGGGAGGUAGAGUUUUGGGGAUUGGAUGAGUUGAGUUCCCUGGUGCAGCCAGAGGUUGAAAAGGAGAAGAGGGAAGGCGUGUUGGAGACGAGUGGGGGUGAGGGUGUGGAGGUGGUCAUGGUUUUGCAACCUGCUGUUGUUAGGAAGGCUGUGGAAAGUGUUGAUGGGGAGAGUGUGCUUGCUGAGGAUGAGGAGAGGGUCUGGAGUAAGGCCAGGGUUUGGUUGGGUGAGAAGAGGGAGAUCAAGGUGAUGGAGACCACGGUGGAUGUCAAGACACAACAGGCCUCACCGAAGCGGAUAGCGUCGCCGGCGGUGGUGUCGCCGGGGACGGGGAAGAGGACGUUGACUCUUGAGCUUGGUUCAUGA